UGAAAAGAAAUGGCCAAUAUGGAAAUGCCUGUAGACUUAAUGUGUAGGGAGAGGGCUCCAUUGAAGAGUUAUAGAGGGGUGAGGAGAAGGUCAUGGGGGAAAUUUGUUGCAGAAAUAAGAGACCCAGGAAGAAAUGGAGGAAGAUUAUGGCUUGGGACUUUCAGUACAGCAGAAGAAGCGGCCAUGGCUUAUGAUAAAGCUGCUCUUCUUAUCAGAGGAUGUCGUGCAACUUUAAACUUCCCCAUUGAAGAUGUGGCGAGCGCUUUGGAAGAUACAACUUACGGAUGGUCUUCUAAGCUUCUGCUUUAUCCUCGCCGCAAUAGAAUGAUGGAGAAGAAUGAAGUUUCGGGCUCUGAGAAGAACUUGGAUGAUUGUAAUGGAAGGAAGGAUUUGAAUGAAAUGGGCUGUGAGGUGAUGGAAGGAUUGGAAGAACCAGUGGUAGAGGAAGAGAUGGGGAGCAGAAAUAAUAGCAUGGCGGAUUUGGGAAUUGUAGAGUUGGAAGAUCUUGGGAUUGAUUUGUUGGAAAAUUUGCUUCUGGUGACAGAAGAAGAGAAUUCUGAGGGAUUUCAGGCUUGUUCAUCAUCAUUGCCUGGUGCCUGUGAUCUAUGAGAUAUGGAUAGAUAAUAACGAAUGUAUCUGGAUUUCUCUUUAUAAGUAGUUAGUUCUAUAUAUAAUUUUUAACAAGGAAGAUAUCUUUUUGCUUUUUAGGGUUUCAACUACCAAAUGUUUUCAUCGU